CUCUCUUGUUCAAGGGCAGGCCUGGGCUGGGGACCCCCGCUGCUGUGCCUCCUUUCGUAUUCCUCUCUUCUAACGGGGCCAGCACCGGCAGAGUCUGCCCGGGAUCGGGACUGGCAGCUGCCCUCCCAGGGGGCACGACAGGAAGUUUUACAUUCCCUCCACUUUGGGGAGAGGAGGUGGAAAGAGAGUCUCUUCGCAGACCUAGAGAGAGGGGCGAGGAGUUCUCCCACGCAAAGAGAUGUUGGGGGAGAAAACUACAGAAAGGAAGCAUGGCAUCCUCAACCUCUGAAGAACAGGGGAGUGCCUCCAGCAACUUCAUUCCCCAGAAUUCCAGUAACUACAUAUCCUUGGACUUUGAACCCAACAUGGAAUACCAAUUUGUAGAACAAUUAGAAGAACGUUAUAAAUGUGCAUCAUGCCAUUCUGUUCUUCACAACCCGCAUCAGACUGGCUGUGGACAUCGAUUCUGUGAGAACUGUAUCCUAUCCUUGAGAGAAUUAAAUGCAGUGUCCAUCUGUCCUGUAGACAAGGAGAUUAUCAAACCCCAGGAGGUGUUUAAAGAUAAUUGCUGCAAACGAGAAGUCCUCAAUUUACAGGUCUUUUGCAAAAACGCUCCCCAUUGUGCUGCCAAGAUGAUUCUGGGGCGAUUCCAGGAUCACCUUCUACAGUGUUUAUUCCAGCCUGUGCAGUGUUCUAAUGAGUGCUGUCAGGAAAGAGUCCUUCGAAAAGAUUUGAAAGACCAUUUGGGCUUACAUUGUCAGUUUCGAGAGGAAACGUGCCCAUAUUGCAAAAAGGAUAUAGUGGUAAUCAGUUUACAGAAUCACAAGGAAAAAUUUUGCCCUGACUACCCUGUAUCUUGUCCCAAUAACUGUUUACAAAUUAUUCCCAGAACUAAGGUUGAUGAGCAUAUUACUGUGUGUCCUGAGGUGGAACAAGAAUGCCCCUAUAAGCAUUAUGGCUGUCCUGUAAAGGACAAAAGGGUAAAUCUUAAGGAACAUGAGAAUUCUGCUUUAAGAGAACACAUGCUCCUGGUUUUAGAAAAGAACUGCAGAUUAGAAGAACAGAUUUAUGACUUGCACAAGAACUUAGAAUUAAAGGAAAGUAAAAUUCAGCAGUUAAGUGAAACUGUGAAGAAAUUUGAAAAGGAGUUUAGGCAAUUUGUACAACUGUUUGGCAAAAAUGGUAACUUGCUGGCAAAUACCCAGGUUCUUGCCAGUCACAUUGAUAAAUCUGCUUGGUUGGAAACACAAGUAAGGGAGUUACUAGAGGCGGCUAACCAGCAGCAAAACAAAUUUGAUCUAAGACCUUUGAUGAAUACAAUUGAUACUAUAAAGCAGAAGAUCACUUUGCUGGAAACCUAUGACCAGAGAUUGGUCACGUUGGAAGGCCAAACUAACAGACAUGAUGCCCACAUUAAUGUCCACAAAGCCCAGCUGAAUAAAAAUGAAGAGCGAUUUAAAAUGUUAGAAGGCACUUGUUAUAAUGGCAAAUUGAUAUGGAAGGUGACGGAUUACAAGAUGAAAAAAAGAGAAGCAACAGAAGGGCGCACAGUGUCCAUAUUCAGCCAGCCUUUCUACACCAGCCGCUGUGGCUACCGACUCUGUGCAAGAGCUUACUUGAAUGGAGAUGGGUCAGGGAAAGGGACACAUUUAUCCCUGUAUUUUGUUGUGAUGAAAGGGGAAUUCGACUCAUUGUUGCAGUGGCCUUUCAAGCAGAGAGUUACCAUGAUGCUUUUGGAUCAGAGUGGAAAAAAGAACCACAUUACAGAGAUCUUCAAGGCUGACCCCAAUAGCAGUAGCUUUAAAAGACCUGAUGGAGAGAUGAACAUUGCAUCGGGCUGUCCUCGCUUUGUGGCACAUUCCACUCUGGAGAACACCAAGAACACCUACAUCAAAGAAGAUACCCUCUUUAUGAAAGUGGUUGUAGAUCUAUCUGAUCUUGAGGACCUGUAAAGAGUAACAAGAUUCAUUGUUGUUAAGAUGAAAGAAGCUCUUGGGCUGACAGUAGUGAAGGUCAGACUUAAUUGCCAUAGUAAGCUGUAUUUCAACCCGUUACUGAAAUGUGUUUAGGUUUAAUAUUUUAAAGCUAUAUAAAAAUGCCCAAAUUCUGGCUUGUCUUUUCUUAUCAGUAGGCUGAAUGUAUGCCCCAUUUUGAUUGUUAGAAUACUCACCCUAUUCUCUUUCAUAUUGUUGUAUAUCUUUUGAUGUAUAUACCUUUCUAUACAAUUAGAUUGUGGGUUCCUUGAGGGCAGGAACUUUUGUAUCUUUGUGUUUGUUGUUGGUGUUACUAAUGAUGAUGAUAAGAUAAAAAUGUGUCUCUAGACCUGACUCUGCAACUGAAGAAAUGCAUUUCAUUAACAAGUGAUUUUACUGCAGGUCUAAGGUAUCUAACUAGGACCAGACCCUUUUGGACAGUGUGCUAAACUUAUGAUUACUUGGGCUCUAUUAAAAUUUUUGUGAAGCUCUUCAGUAAUCUAUAAGCAUAGUAGCAUAAACCUACUGGAAGAAAGGUAAAUAGAUUGAAUAUUUGUCCUUCUUUCCCAGGGUGGAGCAAAAAAGAUGCUGAAAAGCACAAAAAUAGGGUGAUACAGAGGUGUGUGCAGCUAAUAUUUAGCCUCUGUAAAAGAAAAAGGAUUUUAUUAUUACCUUUAGUUGGUGAUUAAGAAUCUACAGGUUAGUAGGAUGAGAAAGACUUUGGAACACCCAGCUGAAUUACUUGUGAGACUGGGAAAAAUUUGUAUGGUGAAGAAAAGAGUGAGGAUAAUGAUGGUCUGGUCAUGUGGCAAAAGCCAGGGAUAAUCAAUGGGCAGUCCAUGUGUUCCACUUGUAUCCUUACAGUGUUAAGAGAAAGCCAUGGAGAUCCCCAGCAUAUUGAGUGAAAUUCUUUGUGGCGUACUUCUGGGUAGACAUGGAUAAUAGUAUCACAGGAUGGUAAGGCAUGGAUGGAUUGUAUGCCUCAUUAGAUGAGAUCAUAGAUCCAUUUGAGUAGUGUUGAAGAAAAUGAAUAAGGAGAUUCCAAAAGGACUUGAAAAUGAAAGAUCAGUCAUUUGGGCUUUGAAAUUGUUUUAAAGAUAGUACACCUAUCAAAUACUGAUUUCAAAAAGUGAUACAUUUUUUGAGAGGACUGUGCAAUUCAAAGUGUGGUAUAAUGGCUAUGUAUUGGACUUGGAGUCAGGAAAAUCUAGGUUCAAAUACCAACUCUGACACUUAUCAGCUAUACAACUAUGGGCAAAUAAUUUAAUUUUUAUGAGCUUCAGUUUCCUCAUCUGCAAAAUGGGGAUGAUACCUGUAGCACCUACCUCACAGGCUUGGUAGGAGGUGGAAAUAAUAAUAUAUAUCAAGUGUUUGACACACUUUGAAAUGUUAUAUAGAUGUCAGUUAUUAAUAUAUGAAAGUGGCCAUAAUAGGAAUGAAUAAAACUUAUUUGCAUCAUCCUUAAUUAUUUCAGACAUAUUACUGACAGGAACUUUGUGUAGAAUGGAAAGGAUAAAGUUCUCAUGCACAUGUGUGGUUCUAAGAGUAUGGAUACAAAUCUGGAUAUAGUGGAAAGAGUAUUUAUUCCUUCUGCCAAAGAAUGACACUUUGGUAAACUGCAAUGUUCCCUAUAACCUUGUUGUCAUAUGCAAUAUUUUCUUAUGUUAUUUAAAAAUCUGUUUGUUUUUACAAGUGCAUGUAAAGGACAAUAUUGCAUGCAAAAGAUAGUUUAUUAAUAUUAGAAGGUAAAUAUCUUAGUGGUAUAAAGGUAAUAAUGGUCUACUAAAUAAUAACUGCAAUAUCAACUUUAAAAAAUAUCAACUGUGCAAAUAUCUUCUGAGACUGAUGGAAACCAUUGUCACUUCCUGUAAAACAUUAAGAUGUUGAAAUGAGUUAUAAAGCAGUUAGUUUUCAGAAGGGUCAAACUAUUUACAAAGACAUAUGUAAACAACUGCCUUUCACUGAAGAAUCCCUCUGUAACUUCUGGUGAAUUUUGUUGUGUUUGUGGAUUUAUAAUGUGAACAGAUGCUCUCAGACAGACUUUGAAAGCAUUUUGCUAUUUUUUAUUCAUAUUAAGCCCAGGUGGCUACAAUUAUUUAUGAUGAUUUUCAGUGUUGUUUUUUUUUUUAUCAUUUUUUUAGGCCACAGUUCUGAAGGGUCAUGAAAACAUGUUUAUAAUGGGUUUAGUGGAAAGUAAAAAACUUAAGCGUUUGCAAAAGGCUCUUAUUUUCAUCAAACUAUGUAUAAAAGGUCUGAUUUUGAACUGAUUUGUUUAUUGGUUCAAACUGCCAUUAAUCAGUGAUUAAAAUGUAAAAAUAAUUGUGGUAGAAAACUUAUCAUUUUUGUUGACAAAAUUAAAAGUGACCUGUGUUUUUAAAAAGAUGAA